AUUUCCCCAAUUGCUUCCAUAGCCUGAAAGCUUUUUUGUAGUUUUCAACACAAGUGAAAUCGCAGAAAUCAAACUGUUAAAUUAAUGGAGGACUCAGAGAAAAGAAGGGAAAGAUUGAAGGCAAUGCGAGCAGAUGCUGCCCAGGCUGAAACUGAAGCAUCUACCUCACCAGUUUCAGCUUCCCUUGCUAAUCCAUUGCUUGACAAUCCUACAACUUUUUCUUCACAACAGGACUCUGGUGCUGCUCCAAGGUUUGGAUUUUAUACAGAUCCUAUGGCUGCCUUUUCUGCUAACAAGAGAACGAGCGCAUCUAAUAACCAGCCUUCCCAUGGGCAUUUUAGGCCUCCCAGUCACAUACCGCAGUUUUCAUCUCCUGUUCCUGGACCAAGGAAUCCUAAUAUGACACCAUCACCAACUUACCAGAUGCAAAGUAAUUUUUCACCUAACCAGGAAAUGCAUCAAAUCCAGGGUCCUUACGACAGUGCCACUCACUUUGGGGUCCCAAGACCCGGUCCUUAUCCUAUUCAUCAACGUACUCCUAAUGCCUGGAAUGUACCAGGCGAUGGAGCUGGGUAUCAUUACUCAGCUCCUUAUAGAGGUACAACCAAUCCCUAUCCCAUGCAUGGUGGAAACCAAGGCUUUCGGCCGGCAGGAAUCCCUGGUUUGAAUUACGGACAAGGUAGGCCUCCUUGGCGUGGCACAAGUCCAAGCCCUGGAUCAACACAAGGAAGCAGUUUUGCUCAUCCAGAGAGAGGCAGGGGACAAUGGCGAGGCAGCAACAGAGGCCCAUUUUCUGGGCGAGGUGGUGGAAGAGGACAGAAUUUCCAUUCAUGUGGCAGUACAUUAGAUGAGGCAUUCAGGCCAGAGUCUUUCUAUGACAAGUCUAUGGUUGAAGAUCCGUGGCAACGUUUAGAACCUGUUAUGUGGAGGGUGUCGGAAGUUCCUGGGUCAUCAGCUUCUUGGCUUUUAAAAUCCAUUAACAUGAAAAAGCCAAAGGUUUCAGAAUCUUUUAACAACUCCAUUUCUAAACAAAGCCUUGCAGAAUACCUUGCUGCAUCGUUUAAUGAAGCUGUCAAAGAUGCGUCAAGUGUGUAAUUUCUGCUCAAGUCCAUGAAUAACUGUUCUGCCGUUACAGAAGUGAGUUGUUUGUUCUGUUCAGCUAGAGGAAGAAGAAAGAAGAGAGAUUUUAUCAGCCAAACAUUAUUUAGCGCGCCUUUGACCUAUUAUCUUCUCCGAUAGAUCGGUGGAGGCCGCAGCACCAGAAGUAAUCUGCACUAUUAAACCUUCAUUUGGCUUGCUUGAUAAAUUCCAGGAUAUGAAAUUCUUCUAACUUAGCAGGUUUAUAUGGCUCACAAAUUAUGCCUGCACUUUGAGAAGUUUCCUUUACUGUUGGAUAAAUUUCAUUGUUGUAAAUGAAAGAAAAGACCUUUGUGUAUA